AAAGGUCGCUGGUUUAUGGCUCCUCACAUAGCCAGCGGAUCGUGGAGCGCAACAGAUAUUGACGAUCUCACUGGCAGACUACAGAUGCGGACGCGGCUCGAUAUAACGCCACAUCCAAGUCAGGGAACAAACUUCACAUGCAUCCAGAGACUCCAUAGGGAUGCAGACUUGUGGCUCAAAGACGCGACAGGCGAAAGCACCCCCAAAGACGCGGCGGCAGAGGCUUGUAGCGGUGAACGCACUGCGUGGAUGCUGCUCAAUUAUGACGACGAG